CAUCCGCAUCGCUGUAGCAUAAUGUACAGCUUGUUCAUGCACUUUAGUAUUUGUUCUGUUUUUGGGAGGGGAGAUGCUUUAACUGCUGUUUGACUGAAGUUCCACAAUGAGUCCCCCAGUGAGUGUCAUCGUGGUGGGAGCCGGCAGUCGAGGAGAGAUUUACUCCAAAUAUGCAUCAAUACACCCUGAACGCAUGAAGGUUGUUGCAGUUGCAGACCCUCGCAAGUUUGCUCGCACCAAACUUCAACAGCAACACAACAUUAAAGAGGAAAACACGUUUGAAGACUGGAACCAUGUUUUAGAAAGAGAAAAGUUUGCAGAUGCAGUUUUAAUCUGCACUCCAGACCGACUUCAUAAGGAGCCAGCUGUAGCAUUCGCACUGAGAGGAUACCACAUCCUCCUGGAGAAGCCAAUGGCAACAAACGCUGAGGACUGCAGGGCCAUUGUAGCUGCUUGCACCAAGAGCGGUGUCAUUCUCUCCGUGGGUCAUGUUCUGCGAUACGAUCCCAUCAUCCACAAGAUAAAGGCUCUGAUAGAUUCAGGAGCUGUUGGAGACGUGGUCCACAUACAGCAUCUUGAGCCAGUGGGCUUCUACCAUUUUGCUCACUCUUUUGUGCGAGGAAACUGGAGAAACGAAGAGGAGAGCUCCUUCUCUCUAUUGGCCAAGUCCUGUCAUGACAUCGACCUGAUCCAUCACUGGGCUGGGUCACGCAGGUGUUUGAAAGUGUCAUCAUUUGGAUCACUCAGCCAUUUUCAAAAGGAAAAUAAGCCAGAGGGUGCUGCAGCUCGCUGCCUGGACUGCUCAGUCGAGUCGACUUGUCCAUACUCUGCGCGUAAAAUCUACCUGGAGAGAGUGGAGCAGGGUCACACCGGUUGGCCCGUCUCCGUCAUCUGCCAAAACUCACAUCCAGACAUCGAGUCAGUCGCCAAGGUCCUGAGGACCGGUCCAUACGGUCGCUGUGUGUUCGAGUGUGACAACGAUGUUUGCAGUAACCAGAUUGUAAAUAUGGAGUUUGAAGGUGGUCUCACGGCGGCCUUCUCCAUGGUGGCGUUCACUGAGAAAAUGUGCAGUCGACAGACCACAAUCUACGGCAGCCGGGGUGAGCUGACAUGUGACAGUCAUGAGAUCCGUGUGUUUGAUUUUCUGACUGAGAAAACGACAAAACACACAUCAGGAAAUGAUGCUCCUCAACACUUUGGCUUGAGUGGACACAGUGGUGCAGACUACCAUCUGAUCGAUGCCUUCGUAGCUGCUGUGGCGAAGAAAGAUUCCUCUCUCAUCCGUUCAGGGCCCGAGGACACACUCAUGAGUCACUUGCUGGUGUUUGAAGCAGAGCGCUCCCGCCUGGAGGGCCGGGUCGUGUCAUGUGUGGACCUCAGCUAGGACCCGAUGGCCAAGAUCACAACUAAAUGUAAAGGCAUCAAUAAUCAAGUGACAUAAGAAGAAGAUGAGGCGCAGAUUCAAGGUGACCUGAUCAUGUGCUGAAUCAGAGUAAAUGUGUGAAUGUCCAAUAGCUGUUGAUACAUCCUUUUCUGAAGGGAAAGUAAGAUGUUGAUUUUCUGUUGGGGCUUGGGAUUCAAUUGCUUUCAAUCUUCCAGUCUUGUUUUGUGCUUUAAAAAAAUGAUCAUUUUUAUUGGUACCUUGGAUGAAAAGAUUGAACUUUAAAUUAAUUUUUAAAAUAAUUUAUC